AUGACGUCUGAUAGCGUUGUUUCGUGUCGUGAUAAGGUUGUGAGAUUAACUUCAAAUAAGCCCAAGACGUAUACUAAUUAUCAAAUUGAUUCAAAUAAAGUUAACACAGACAUUCCGCCAGAAUUUCGUUCUCGAUUAAUGGAUCUUUUGUCAGAAUAUUCAUCUUCGUUUUCUAGUGGUGUACCUAAAUCCCGUGUUACGACAGGAGAGUUGCAAAUUAGGCUUAUAGAUCCUAGUCGAACGGUUAAACGUCGCCCUUAUAGGCUUAGUGCAAAUGAACGUGAAGUUGUUACUGCUAAAGUUCGUGAACUAGAGGAAGCAGGUAUUAUUAAGCCAAGUUGUUCACCCUUUUCUAGUCCAGUGUUGCUUGUCAAGAAGAAAGAUGAUUCAGAUCGCAUGUGUGUCGACUACAGGGAACUGAACGACAACAUUGUAUCGGAUAGGUUUCUAUUGCCGUUGAUAGAGGACCUUGUAUCCAGGUUAGGUGGUGUUACAUGGUUCACGUGUCUCGAUAUGUUGUCAGGCUAUCACCAGAUUCCAGUGCAGCCUGAAUCUGAUAGAGCGCACUGCAUUCGUCACACCUGA